AUGGCGGAGCGCGGCAAGACACAGUAUGGCGGGGGAAAGACAACCCGCAAUCCUUAUAGUCGCGGCGGAGGCUCGGCAUGGGCACGUAACUCUCAGGGCGCACGCGCCAACGCGCAGCGUAACCGGCCGGGACGUGGCAUGACGGAAGCCAAGCAGUACGCACUCAAGAAAGGCAACGAGCUCGACAAGAAAUUCGGCUUUUAUCUGCUCCCAGAGCUUCUGGAACAAGAAGAAGAAGCUAGGAAGGAGCAGCCAGACGUCGCCAUGGACGGAGAAGACCACGCUAAGCUCGGCUGGCUGCUCAAUCUGCGAGCUUGCACGCUGCCCGAUCCAGUGGAGGGCAAGAACGAGGUCAGUGGCCUCGAACUGUACUUCCUCGAGCAAGAUGGCAAGGCCUUUAAGACACGUAUCAUCUACCAGCCUUACUUCUACGUGCGUUCCGAGACCAACAGAUCGCAGGAGGUCAUCGCGUACUGUUUGAGGCAAUUCGAAGGCCUCGUGGCCAAGGCGGAGAGAGUUUUCCGAGAAGAUCUCGACAUGGCUGACCAUCUGAAUGGUAAGAAGGCACUGUACGUGAAGCUGAGCUUCAACACGGUCUCAGAUUUGAUGACCGUGAAGAGAGAGCUAGCCCCCUUGGUGGCCAGGAACCAGGAGAGACUGCAGGCUCGGCAGGCCUAUGAGCUGCAGGGCCAGACACGCGAACAAGUGACGGAAGACGAUCUCGUCUUCGGAGCGGAUGCUGAUGGAGCCAAAGGAGCAGGAACGGAUGAGAGUGAGAGCUCUUUGUUGGAGCUGAGAGAGUACGAUGUCCCGUACCCCAUGCGUGUCGCCAUUGACCUUGACAUUCGAGUGGGUGCGUGGUAUCACGUGAAUUAUGAUCCAACAGCGCCGUACUCGCCCUCGGAUGUGAAACGACAGAAGGAUAUGGUGGACAAAGCUGAACCGGUGGUGUGUGCCUUCGAUAUUGAAUGUACGAAGGCCCCACUGAAGUUCCCGGACGCACAGAUAGACCAGAUCUACAUGAUUUCGUACAUGAUCGACAAGCAGGGAUACUUGAUUGUAAAUCGGGAGUUCGUGUCGGAAGAGAUCCAAGACUUCGAGUACACGCCGAAGGAAGACUAUCCUGGUCCUUUCAUUGUAUUUAAUGAGGAGAACGAGGAGCAGCUACUGAAGCGCUUCUUCGAGCAUGUGAUCGAGGAGAAACCGCACAUUUUCGUGACUUAUAACGGCGACUUUUUCGAUUGGCCAUUUAUUGACGCACGUGCACAAGUCCACGGCAUCAACAUGGCGCAUGAGAUUGGCGUUUCGCUUGACGAACGCAGUGGCGAGUACCGCGGGCGCUGCAGUGUGCACAUGGACGCCUUCUGUUGGGUAAAGCGUGACUCGUACUUGCCACAGGGAAGUCAGGGCUUGAAAGCAGUGACUAAGUACAAGCUGGGAUACGAUCCAGUCGAGGUGGACGCAGAAGAUAUGGUCGCACUGGCUCGUGAUGAACCUUUGAAGAUGGCGUCGUACUCAGUUUCCGAUGCUGUAGCCACGUUUUACUUGUACGAUAAGUACGUGCACCUGUUCGUGUUUUCGCUGUGCACGAUCAUUCCUCUGGGCUCUGAAGAUGUGCUCCGCAAAGGGUCCGGAACUCUAUGCGAAGCCUUGCUAAUGGUUGAGGCUUUUGAAGGCAACAUCAUUUGCCCAAACAAACAAAGCUCCGCUCGUGAAGAAAAGUUUUACAAAGGCCGUCUUGUCGAGAGCGAGACCUAUGUGGGUGGCCACGUCGAGUGUUUGGAGUCCGGAGUCUUUCGCGCUGAUUUCUUGUACGACUUUCAGCUGGUACCUAGUGCUUUCCAGCAGCUGAUCGACAAUAUCGACCGUGACUUGACGUUCUCGCUGGAGGUCGAGAUGAAUGUGCCAGUUGAUCGUGUCGCCAACUACGAAGAAGUGAAAAAUCACAUUGUUGAUCGCCUCGUUGGACUUCGCGAGAGACCAAACCGGAAGGAGCAACCACUCAUUUACCACUUGGAUGUAGCUGCCAUGUACCCGAACAUUAUUCUGACGAACCGGCUGCAGCCGUGUGCUAUUGUGAAUGAGGCCGAUUGUGCUGCUUGCGCGUACAAUACUGAGUGUGGCAGAGCUGCAAUCAAAGAGAAAGAUGCUUCGUGUCAGCGUGAAAUGGAUUGGGUAUGGCGUGGCGACUUCUACCCUGCCACACGCCCUGAAUACUACUCCAUCAAGACCCAGAUUGAAUAUGAGAAUUUCCCUGUGGAGAAGAAGGGAGGAGCAGCGAAUGGAGAUGCAAGUAAAGGCCCCAACCGUAGCACUCAACCUGCAGUCCCCUACGCGCAACUCCCUAAUGACAGGCAAGAACUGUUGCUGAAACAGCGCUUCAAGUCGUAUUGCUCCAGUGUGUACAAGAAGACUAAGGUGACAGAGGAGCAGAAGCGAUCGGCCACAGUCUGCAUGCGGGAAAACCCGUUCUAUGUCAACACAGUGCGAGCGUUCCGUGAUCGUCGCUACGAGUACAAGGGCCUCACGAAGGUCUGGAAGAAGAAGGUGGGGCAAGCUGCAGAGGCGAAGGAUCUACUGGCGAAGAUUGAUGCGCAAAACAAGUGUCUUGUGUACGACUCCCUCCAGCUGGCGCACAAGUGUAUUCUGAACUCGUUUUACGGCUACGUGAUGCGGAAGGGUGCGCGUUGGCACUCGAUGGAAAUGGCGGGUAUCGUGACGCACACGGGCUCUAACAUCAUUACUGGUGCUCGUGAGCUGGUGGAGCAAAUUGGUCGACCGCUGGAGCUGGAUACCGAUGGUAUUUGGGCUAUUCUACCCAAGUCUUUUCCAGAAACCUUCUCGUUUAAGCUCAACGAUGGCAGCUCGAGAAGUAUCUCGUACCCGUGUGUGAUGCUAAACGCAGAUGUGCACGCAAAGUUCACUAACCCCCAGUAUCACGAGCUGGACCCCGCUACAGGGAAGUACAAUUCACACAAAGAGUGCUCCAUUCUAUUCGAGGUGGAUGGUCCAUACAAAGCCAUGGUGCUUCCUGCGUCUACCGAAGAGGGAAAACUGUUGAAGAAGCGGUAUGCAGUGUUCAACUUUGAUCACUCGCUGGCUGAACUGAAGGGAUUUGAGCUCAAGCGACGAGGUGAAUUGCAGCUUAUCAAGGCGUUCCAGUCGCAGGUCUUUGAGUGCUUUCUCGACGGUGACAGCUUGGAGGAGUGCUACGCUUCUGUUGCGAAAUGUGCGAAUCGCUGGCUUGACGUGAUUGAUACCCGAGGCAAGUCGAUGGAUGAUGAAGAGUUGAUGGCGUUGAUUACAGAGAACAAGAGUAUGUCGGGCAAGCUGGACGAGUACGAAGGCCAGAAAUCGACCUCCAUCACUACCGCUAGACGUUUGGGUGAGUUUCUCGGUGAAGACAUGCUCAAGGACAGAGGUUUAACGUGCAAAAUGAUUAUCGCUGCACGUCCGUACGGUGAAAAGGUGACAGAGCGAGCUAUCCCGACGGCUAUCUUCGCAACAGAAGAUGCCGUCAAGAAGCACUUCCUGAAGAAGUGGCUGAAAGAUCCUCACCUCCAGGACUUUGACAUUCGGUCGAUCCUGGACUGGGAUUACUACCGUACGCGUUUCGCUUCGACUGUGCAGAAGAUUAUUUCGCUUCCUGCUGCUUUCCAGAACGUGAAGAAUCCGGUACCACGCAUUGAACUUCCCGACUGGAUGAGGAGGCAAGUUCGCGAGAAGAAUGCGAAGCAUCAACAGGGUAACAUGAAGCAGUUCUUUAAGGCUGCUGCGAAGGGUGCUGACAAAGGAGACUACGUGGCUAAGUUGAUCGAUAUGGAGGACUUAAUUAAAGGAAAACAACCGUCACGCACUGAUAAGCCCCUGUCACGAAAGCGAGGAAAGAAAACAAGUGACGGAGAUGACAGUAUUAGUCCGAUUGAGGAAAUCGAUGAUGAUGCCGUUGACGAUGUGCCUGCCGCUAACGUGAAGCUGGGAGAAGUGCCGUUCACUCAGUGGCUCAAGAACCGCAAGAAGAAAUGGAAGUCCAUGCUUGGUAAGCGACGACGUGAGCGAGAGGAACGAAUGCGCGAUUACAGUGGAUUUGGCAUGGCGAACAGUGUACAUGGCAACGCAAAGCGUUUCCAGAGUGGGUCUACUCGUGCAUUGGCUGCAAAGGGCAACGGAGUUGGCAUGGAGAAUUUCGUUUUCAAUGCUGGGAGUGCACUGCAGCACGAGUACUGGCAGAUUGUGGAGAUUCAGCAAGAACAAGGAGGGAUCUUCACGUGCUGGGUUCUUACUGCACAUUCCCAGAUGCUGCAGCGAAUUACCCUCAAGAUGCCGCGGGUUUUCCACAUCACUUGUGAAGAAGAAGACCAUGAGAGUUUGCUGUCAUUACUACCAGGAUCGCGUCGUGUGUCGCGCAUUGUGCCUCACUUUUCGUCCAAGCCUCAGUCGGUGUUGGAAGUAAUGCUCAGCGAACGGCAGUAUCAGCAGUAUCACAAGGAGAUCAAUCAGAUUCUGGGUGACCCUCAUGUUAGCGGUGUGUAUGAGCUGCAGGUGUCUGCGUUGACGCGAGCAGUUUGUGCACUUGGCUGCGUGGCGAAGGUUGUCAACCCGCAUCUCUCCAGCACCAACCAGGAGUAUGAACUCAGCGAUUUACAGUUCCAAUCGACGGCGCAGGCACCGUAUCUCAUGGACUUGCCAUCCAAUGGUACAGCAGCUCCACUUUCAGAUUCACUAAUGCGCAGAGUAUUGUUGUACUUUGCACAGCAGAAGAAACGCGCCAUUCUGGCUUUGGUUGCGCUGAAAGAAGGAGACGACGUGGCCAGUGCUGAGAGCUUGGGAAAGGCAGUCAGCGAGGGAGACGCCAACGUUUGGUACGUCGAUCCGGUCUCGAACGUCAAGUCUCGGGGCUCAGACUUGAAGAAUUUCUUCGAACAGCUUCUCCUGGAGUCUCAAGAGGAGGGCGUUGCUGCUCCUAUCCAGAGCUGUUCAUUCAAGACCCACGUCGUCAAAACAGCGCAGGAGGCUUUCUCGGGUGUCAAUGCCACCCUUGCGCGGCUUGUUUCGAACAAGCAGCUUGCCCCCAAACCGACGAUCGUGGUGGCGCAGACGUGUAUCCCAUCCAGCAAGCGUCUUCGCGAGAAGAUGCAGGGUCUACACAGCUUCCCCAUUGCCAUGCUGCCAUGGAACGAAGAGGACACGCUCUUUCCAGCGUUGACAUGGCGGAAGAUCAUGGGAGAAAAAAUGAUGACGCGCUGCUUCGAGAUGACUCAGUACUAUGCGGAUGUGCUGGACUGUGCUCGCUACGCUCAUCUGCCAGUGGGCAACUUCACGGGCGACCACUCCAUCGCCAUCUUGGACACUUUGUACUCGCGCAUCUUGACCAAGCACAAGCAUCUGUGGUGGCACUCGCCGACGUCACUGCCCGAUCUUGGAGGCAAGGAGCAGGAGCAGCAGUUCCAGCAGCUCUUCAGUCAGUCACUGUUGGGCUCGGCGCAGAAGCAGAAGAGUGAUGCGACGUCUCAGCACCGUGUGGACACGUCUGUAGUGGUCUGCGACAAGGGAUCUUUUGUGGAUGUGUGUGUUGAGCUGGAGCUGGACGGUCUCGCAGUCAACGCGAUCCUUGUGGCGUCUCAGAUCCACAGUAUUGAAGGUCUGGGAGUGGCGCAUCAGAUGGAGAUUGAGUUUGACGGGAAUGGCGAAGGCGAAGCAGGCGCGACUGAAGGUUCUGCUCCAGCAGUCGCGGAAGGCGAUGCCGAGGAGAGUUGCCACGAAGCUUUCCGCUUGCUGCGUGUGAUGGUGACGACGCUGUUCAAAGACUUCCUGGCGAGUCGAAACAAGUUUGCCGACCACGUUCUGCAGCAGUUCUACCGGUGGCUCUGUUCUCCCAACUCUCUAAGCUUCGACCCAGCCUUGCAUGCGAUGGUGAAGCGGCUAAUGGAGAAGCUGUUCUUGCAGCUUCUGGCAGAGUUCCGGCGUCUCGGGUCGCAGAUUGUGUACGCCGACUUCAGUAAGAUCAUCGUGUGCACCAAGAAAAAGUCGGUGCGAGACGCCCAGACGUACCUGAACUUCAUCCUGCAGACUGUGCUGUCCAACGAGCUGUUCCAGGUGCUCAACUUUACUCCCAAGAAGUAUUUCUCCAACCUCUUGUUCUUGGAUGCCGAGAACUACGGCUGUGUCUUGCUGAAGAACGUGGUGCCAGAGGAAGAACAAGAACAGGAGAAGGAGGAGGAGGAGGAGACUGAGCACGACGACGCUGGAGAGAAGCCGCUGGAGAUCGUCGCGCACUGGAACAUCGCCAACUACUUGCCUCGUGGAGUGGACGAGUAUUUCCUCAUCUUGAUUGGGCAGUUUAUCCGCAGACGAGCAGAGUUCCAGUGUCGAAUGCUCGCGAAGGGCGACAAUGCCAAGCUUGACGCUGCUGACGAGGACGAACAGCCUCUGGACGAGGACGAGAAGCAGCUCAGUCCCCUGGCCAAGUACUCGCAGAAGCUGGUGUCGUCCUAUUUCUCGGACAAGAUGCUGCGUCUGGUCCCUGAGAUUCUGACGUACAACAUGGAUCGGGACAGCUUCCCGGUGUUCGCUGGGUCGCAUCUCCCCUUGGAGUCGCCUGCACUGGAGCUGGUCAAGUUCGUGACUGCCGUGUUCCAGCUCGAGCCCAGUGUGGAGACUCAAGUAGGCAAGAUGAGACGCACGUUGCUUAAGCUCCUGCGCACGAGCGAAUUCGGCGAGGAAUCCCAGUUCCGCAACCCGUCGCUAUCGUUUACAGUGCAAGACGUCAUCUGCCUCAGCUGCAACCUUUGUCGCUCCGUCGACCUGUGUCGAGACCCUCAGCUCUUCAAGGGAAGCGCGUCACAGACGGACGAAGACGACGAGGAGAAUGGAGACGACGCUGACGCGGCUGCGGCCUGGCAUUGCCCUCGGUGCUUUGCGUUGUACGACAAGACUGCGUUCGAGAUGCGACUUGUGGAGCUGGUGCAGGCGCAGUCUGUCGCCUACCAGUUGCAGGAUCUGUAUUGCCGCAAAUGCCACCUGCCAGCCGAGCACAAGAUGCGCGAGUAUUGCCCCUGCUCGGGCACAUACGCGCUGAUACCCGGAGUACGCGAGUCGCUACUGGAAACGAUGCGGCUGCUGAAGCGCAUCGCGCAACAACACACCUUCGAGUGGCUCUUAGAGACGGUCCAGCGCCUCGAGCGCGAAGCUGCACAGCCAUUGCUCAUGUAAAGGGGAUAAUAAUGCUGCUUACUAA